CACGCCGUACCUGUCACCGUCCAUUCCCAUCCCACCCCACUCCACCAGUCCACACCGCAGCAGCACUCCAGUGAGCUCGAAACCUAGAGGAGGAAGCGAUACAGUACUACAGGCAACCAUGGAGGUGGUGACCGGCAGCAACGGCGGGAGGCUGAACCCGUGGGCGGAGCCCUUCGUGCCGGGCAGCUGGUGCCGCCCCGCCCCCGUGCAGGCGGCGGCCGCGGCGGAGGUCGAGGACUUCUCCACCGAGUGGUGGCGCCUCGUCGCCUCCUCGCCGUCCUUCCGCGACAGCUGGCUCCGCGACUACGGCGACCUGGGGCUCCUCGACGCCGACGAAGGCCCGGACGACAGCGACGCCUUCUUCCCUCCGCCGCGCCACAACGAUGGAGAGGAGAGGAAGGGAGAGGCCGCCGUCAAGAAGAGCGGAGGCGAGGUGGCGCCCUGGGGGAUCGAGAAGUGGUGGCGGGCGCACGUCGCCUCGCCGCCGGAGGUCCCGAAGUACGCGGAGAAGGCGCCUGCUAAGGUCCUGGGCGGCGGCAGGUUCAGCCCCCGCACCAUCCAGCAGCCUCGCUAAGGGACCGGCCAGCCUCAUCGCGUUCCGCAUCGAUCCAUCGAUCUUGGCAUAAAUGAAUGGAAAAGGGAUAGAAAAAAUAGUUGUUUGCGAGCUCUUCUGCUCUUAAUUAGCUUUGCUUAUGCUAAAUUUCGUCGUGUCUCGUUUUCGUUCUAGUUUCCAGCUCAAGAUCUUAGGGAGGUUCAAUUCGCUGCGCUGUGUAUGUACAGACGUCUGUAAAUGAUGUACUACUGUGUAAUAAGAUGCAGUGAUGCAAUGACUCCAUUCGGUGCAAAUGGUUUUCCAGUU